UAUCCGCGUGAUUCCAUUCCUGUGGCAUUUAUAUCCCUAAUCAACGAACAAAUGACCACACAAAAGUGCGGUCUGUACUGCGUACUGCAGAACUAUCCCUUUGCCAACUACAUCGCCGAAUGUGAACUUUGCUUAUGCGGUUUGUUUAUGGAACGACUUCCGGCGUUCAAGGCAAACAGUCUGGCCAACAAUGGAGCGGUUUGCAUAAGCGGAACCGGUCUGGUUGGUGUGGGCAUUCAUGCGGCAUUCAGAGCGGCCAGUUCGACUGCAACCACCAGUCCAACCGGCUCCGUGUUGUCCGUUGAACAACUCAUAGCCGGCAUAGAGUACGAUUUUCUGGUGAAGAUUUGGCACUGGAAUCGCCUGGGUUUUGUCACCGUUGUUUGGGAUCUGGGAAACGAUAGUCUCCGGCCGAACGAUACGGUGGAAAUUCAGAAUAAUGGAUUUGGAUUUCUGCGCAAGAAGAUCAAAUAUUCGGCACCCGGCGAGUUCCGUCUGCGUAUUGUCGCCGAUGAUGGGUUCAACGAAGUGUUUCGAGAUAUUCCCAUACAGGUGCUACCGUCCGAAGGGAAAACAGCCAUUGCUAUUACUCCACGACACCCAGCUGUGAAAGAAUCCAUAGGGUUUCGAGCUCCGGAAUUCGAUGACCAGGAAGCGAACUUUAUGUGGUUUUUCCAGGAUUCGAUCUCCUUCCAUGAAACCACGACUUCCGUUGCUCAAAAGACUUAUGAAGAGCCAGGUGUAUAUCGCGUGGAUGUGGCGGUGACAACGGCCAAUCUCAGCAAAACCGGUUCCAUCGAUAUCCUUGUAGAAAGCCCUUUGGAAGGCCUGCAUGUUAAUUGUGAAGCCACGGUCAAUGCCAAUCGCAUUGUGUCCAUUGCCGGUUCUGUGGAUAAAGGCACAAAUUACGCAUUUUCUCUGGAGAACGGACAUGAUUUUGCCGAUCCCAUCAACAGCCCUAGUGGACGUUUUCGCGUGCUUUAUUCUCAAGCUGGCUUUUACAACCUUUCCUUGAAAGCGAAAAAUUCGAUCAGCACUUUGCAGACCUCAUUCGGUAUACGAGUGGUGGAUCCGGAUAUGAUUACGGUCAAACGAUUGGACUUCCCAUCUUCGGCGGUUGUCAACGAGACAACCCCGUUGAAAAUCAUACCGGAUAGUGAUGGUUUACAGGAUAGUUUUAUCGAGUGGUUCUUCUCAGAUAACACCCAAGCUACUGGGCAAGGAUUGUUCAAUGUCAGAAAAAUCUUUCGAACCUUGGGCGACAUCCAUAUCCGAAUUGUUAUCACCGGCAAGAGAGGUUCGCGAAGAAUCUUCCAUGCCGUCAUUUCUGUUGUUACGCUGUGCACCCUAACACCGUCCCGGGGAAAAAGUCUACAAACGCGUUUCCAGUUCAUGUGCCGCGGUUCGCUGGGCCCUCUUCCCGGGCUAGAAAUCCAUCAUGCUAUCAUCGCCAACCCCGUGUUGGGAUUUUAUGACGUUCUUUACCCAAAAACCACGCAGUCGUUAAUUUUACCCGACCCGCUGUCUGUUGAGCGGAAUUGGACGGUGGCGUUUCCGGGCAGUUCUAAGUGCGAUAUGCGACCACAGUGUGGGAGCAACUGCUGCCCGGUGUUCAACAUCAACGCCACCUUUGAGAAUACGCGACCAGUUGCAGAAAUUAUCGACGUCAUGCAGAACAUUCUCCAGCAGACCGAUCUUCGGGACCGAGAUCAUCACCUUUCGAUUUUGAUAGUCCAGAGUUCAAUCCUGGUGAGGACCAACGCAACCGAUGAUCAGCUAGGUGCGGUGACAAAAAUCGUGGCACGCAUUGCUGAAGAAGUAUCCGGAGGGUUUGAAAUGGAUAGGAAGAUUUCCUUAGGAGGACACCUUUAUGACCUUUUAACGGUAUUAACUUGGACUGACAAUUUUCGCGUGACACCAAAAGAUGCUGCACGAACAGCCGACUUUUUAGUCAAAUUUGUGCGGGAUAUGGCGCCCCAUACGAAUGUAGUUCCUCCCAAAGACGGCGUGUUUGGUUUAUUAAAGCGUUUGUUAAAUGGUCUUCCGGUAGCGGGCGAUGAAAGCACUGCGCCAUCUGAUAUAAUUCCUGUCGUUGAUUUGUUGCGUCCUCUGGGACAGCUCGUCGGAAACUACAUUAACGAAAUCAGUGACCGGUCGGUCUCAUUGACCAGUGAUGUCACAAUCACGGCCGUGAAAAGAGUUCUUCCCCCAAAUGGAGCAGUAAUUAAUGUAGGAGGAUUGGUUAUAACGCUCCCGGCUAAAUUGAGCUCUGCGCUGGCCAGCUCGGAAGUGGUCAUUGUUGUCAGCAGAUCCAGUCAGAACUGGGACAACCGUGAACCUGCCGGUGCCCCGGAAGUUUUCUCCGUGUUGUUGUUGGAUCGGAAUUACACGGAGAUCGACUUAACGCAGCACACCCAGCAAGCGGGAAUAAAAAUUGUUCUCCCUUCGGAGCGGAAUGCCGGCAAUCACUUGGGACUGCAGGCUCGCAUGCAGAGCGUACCUCUUAGACUGCAACUGCUCCCCAACGCAGCAUCCCGUUUCCGAAUUCUGAAAGGUCAACAGGAUCAGUGGCCAGCUGACCGACUGUACAUGACCUUGCAGCUGCGUAGUAAUUCCACACUGGGCAACGCAACGGGGCGGGUUAGUGUAGGACUGGUCGAUGGCGGAGAUCGCGUGAUAGAAAAACGCAUCGUCACGUAUGAUGAUCUACGCAACAGUGACGUAACCACGCGCUGGAAUUUCGCAGCGACUAACGGACAAAAUUAUUUAUCUCUAACUAAUGAAGGAGGGCUAUUUGUGGAAGUUUCGGCGGAGCUGCACGGGACUAAGUGUGUGGAGGGAAAAGACCCGGGAGAUCUGGUCAGGACCGACUGCGAGCCAGAUUCGUCCAGUUCGGCGCAAAAUAUGCGAACAUGCGUCUGCAACCGGUUGGCGUCCUUUGGAGGAAGACUUUUUGAAAUCAACGAUUUUCUCUCUCUAGAGCGGACUGUGGAACUUAUGUUUAACAAAAGGAGUGGCGUAACGGUUGCAACACUGGGAAUCGUAGCAGCAGUGUUCAUCGUGGCAUUAAUUGCCACUACAAUCCGGUUCCGGCCACUGGAGGAAUUCAAGCAAAUCUUAUCUGUUGGAUCCGGAAAAAUCCAGCUCGAUGUUCUAUUCUGGCAGCGAAUGAAUAACAAUAACGAUUUUCAAAGUGGACUGUUUCCUUUAAGACUGCAUAUCUGCGGUGCAGCCGGACGACUGGAGCAUGUGCUGUCCUUCCAGCGGCAAUCCGCCUUUGGCUCGUCGCUCUUGGUUUCCGUAUUCUGCGACCGGCAUCCGGGAAUUAUUGCCAGUGUGCGGAUUACCGGGAGGCUCAUCGAAUCGACAUUCCCGUUCCAGUUUGCCACCGUGUAUGAUCCGCGCGAGAACGCUUUGACCCAUUUCCGUCUCAUGCCGCCGCGGCUGAUAGAAGAGCCGCACGGACGCGCCGGUGUUGUCUUCGAAGUGUCCUCAAAGCAGAUCAACUUCAGUGCCGGCCUGAUAAUGCUGAUGGAGUGCCGUAAGCGAAUUAAGAAAGAUCAUUUGUGGGUGGCAGCGGUGCGGCUUAAAGGGUCACUGUUGAUGGUGCUGGAAUUGCAGUCAGCGGCCGUGACGAUGUUAUUUGGGAUGAUGGGAAUGUGCGCUGUGCAGCAUUCACUCUUUGGCACUGGGGUGGAUGAUGUUCAUGAGCUGACCAAAGUGUUCCGGCCGAAAUCGAAGGAUUUGGUAGCGGGUUUGUGGAGCGUGCUGAUUGUUAGCCCCAUAAUCACAAUUAUCGUCGAGAUUCUACAGCGGUGUCAUCAUCGCAGUGCUAAUGCCAUACCAACUGUUGAAGUUCAUCCCAACGCUGACGAUAGAGCAAACAAUGCAGCUGAAACAUUCUAUGACAACGAAGGAAGGGACAGCGAAGCGCGUGACAGUCCAGUGGCGCAUCCUGAACGCCUUAAGGACCCUUAUUCCCACGGUAUAAAUCCGUCCUUCUCCCACUCUCUUCCAUCCAUUAUACGUAUGAAUGACGAUCACUCCGAUGCCAUGGCCACACAAUUCCAAGCCCACGCAGCACCCUACAGCACAAUUUUACGCGCUAACACGCACCGUUCAAUGUCAACCAUCCCCUCAGAGGGCACGCCCAUUCUUGACACCAAAAGCACAAUCCACUCACGCUCCCAACUCUGUGCCUCACAAUCUGCCACCGCCACGGGCACAUUAGCCACUAACCAAGAAAUUAUCCCCGCUAAUCCAAUCGAAAAUUACAACAGAUUCAUGCGCAAUGAAAAAGACACAAAGAGCAAAGAGACACACAGCGCAGCGUGGUCCAUUCCGGCCGUUUGCCGACAGAUACUGGCCUAUAUUCUCUGUUUUACCCUAUCAGCGCUGUCCAUUUGCCUUGUGCUGUUCUUGGGAUUGAAUUUCGGUUCGGGAAUGUCAUUGCAUUGGCUGAUUUCGGUGCUAGCGGCAUUCCUUAUUUCGUUUUUUGUGAUGGAACCAUUAAAGGUCAUCGGAAAGAGUCUAUGGGUGCCCUAUCAUGUCACCAGCCUGCAAUAUUUUCAGAAAAAGUUUGCACGCUGUCGCCAUGGAUUGACACUUUGAAAACUGUUUAAUCAAUUUUAUCCCGUAACUUUAAUAUGUUCCUUUAUAUUAUUGCCAUUUGCAGCUGCAGGUUGCAGGGCACUGCAUGUCUGUGACUCUGUGUACAAAACGAAUAAAUAUUUGAU